GCGCUCUCCAGUUGAACUCCCGCACGAUCACGCCCACUCCUGACUCCACUCGCCACUUCACACAUCAUCUCUCUAUAUAUAGCAAAUGUAGCAGUGGCGGCAGAAUUCCUCUGAACAACUCUCUCUCUCUCUCACGCACGCAAAUGGUUCGAAUCGGACAAGACGGAACUCGUGCACUGCUCCUCGUGCAAAGCUCUUCCAACCCUAAACUGCAACUCGAACCCUAGCUUCCCCAAUCCCCCACUCCUUAAUGGCGGUUUCCAAGGAAGCGUCCUCCUCCGCCCACCACCGUCGAUCCUCUCCCAACGCCGCCUACUAUCUUGCCAAGUGCGUUCUCCGCGGAAGCGUCGUUCUGCAAGUCGUCCAAGGCCGCCUCCGAUCUCCCACCUCCCUCGACAUCGUCUUCGGCAAGGAGACAUCCAUAGAGUUGGUAAUAAUUGGUGAUGAUGGGAUUGUACAGUCUGUCUGUGAGCAGGCUGUGUUUGGCACAAUAAAAGAUCUUGCUGUUUUACACUGGAAUGAUAAGUUUUCUACACAAAACCCACAGAUGGCGGGGAAAGACAUUUUGGUUGUUAUCUCCGACUCUGGAAAGCUCUCAUUUUUGAGAUUUUGCAAUGAAAUGCACAGGUUUUUCCCGGUGACACAUGUUCAACUCUCCAGUCCUGGAAACUCAAGGCAUCAACUUGGAAGGAUGCUUGCAGUUGAUUCAAAUGCUGGUUUAAUUGCCGCUAGUGCAUAUGAAUCCCGAUUGGCUAUAUUCUCUGUGUCAAUGUCUGCUGGCAGCAAUAUUAUUGACAAGAGAAUAUUCUAUCCUCCUGAAAAUGAGCUGGAUACAACUAGUACCAGAGGUGUCCAGAGAACCAGUAUAUGCGGCACUAUUUGGGGCAUGUGUUUUGUUUCAAAGGAUCUUAGCCAACCAAGUAAGAAGCACAAUCCUGUACUAGCCGUUCUUUUGACUAGGAGGGGAGCAACAACAAAUGAGCUGCUGUUGUUGGAAUGGAAUAUUAGAGAACACACUGUUUAUGUUGUCUCUGUAUUUGCUGAGGCUGGGCCUCUCGCAUAUAGCAUUGUUGGAGUUCCUUAUUCUUAUGGAUUGGUGUUUUUGUUCAGGGUUGGUGAUGUUCUCUUAAUGGAUCUUCGGGAUGCUUCCAACCCAUGUUGUGUUUAUAGGACAAGCUUACCUGCUGCAGUUGAAGAGCAGAAUUUUAUUGAGGAGUCCUGUAGAAUGCAUGAUGGUGAUGAUGAAGGUAUAUUUAAAGUUGCUGCCAGUGCUUUAUUGGAGCUGGGGGAUAUGAGAGUGGACAACAUAAAAUGUGAUGAUCCUAUGAGUAUCGACAAUGAUAGUGUCAGUGUAAAGUCACCCUCCAAAUAUGUAUGCUCAUGGUGUUGGGGGCCAGGAAAUGGAGAAAAUCAAAGGAUGGUUUUCUGUUUAGAUACUGGUGAUUUUUUUAUGAUUGAAAUUUCUUUUGAUUCUGAUGGCCUUAAAGUUAAUAUGUCUGAUCCUCUCUACAAAAGUCUACCCUGCAAAGCACUUUUGUGGGUUGAAAAUGGAUUUCUGGCUGCACUGGUGGAGAUGGGGGAUGGGAUGGUCCUCCAAUUGGAAAAUGGAAAGCUUGUUUGCAGGAGUCCUAUUCAAAAUAUUGCGCCAGUCUUGGACAUGUCAGUUGUGGAUUGUCAUGAGGAGAAACAUGAUCAAAUGUUUGCCUGUUGUGGUAUGGCACCAGAGGGAUCAUUAAGAAUUAUUCGAAGUGGUAUCAGUGUGGAAAGGUUAUUGAGCACUGCCCCUAUUUAUCAGGGCAUAACUGGUACUUGGACGGUUCGAAUGAAAGUCGUUGAUUCUUAUCAUGCUUUUCUUGUAUUAUCAUUCAUUGAAGAGACGAGAGUAUUGUCAGUUGGUUUAAGCUUUACUGAUGUGACUGAUUCGGUUGGUUUCCAGCCUGAUGUCUGUACUUUGGCUUGUGGCCUUGUGGGUGAUGGUAUGCUUGUCCAGAUACACCGGAGUGCAGUUAGAUUAUGUUUACCUACUAUGGUUGCUCAUCCUGAAGGUAUAUCUUUGUCUUCACCAGUACAUACAUCUUGGUUUCCAGAUAAUUUGAGCAUCAGCUUGGGUGCUGUUGGAAAUAAUUUGAUAAUUGUUGCUACUUCCAAUCCAUGGUACUUGUUUAUUCUUGGAGUAAGAUCAUUAUCGCCAUUCCAAUGUGAAAUAUAUGAGAAGCAACAUGUUAGACUGCAAAAUGAAUUAUCCUGCAUUUCCAUACCACAAAAACAUUUUGAGCAGAAACAGUCUACGUCUCGUCUUAAUUUAGUGGAAAAUAAUCGUUCAACUGCACUUCCGAUUGGGGUUGGCAUUGGCAGUACCUUUGUGAUUGGAACACAUAAGCCUUCAGUGGAAAUUCUAUGCUUUCUACCUGAUAGAGGCCUGAGAGUUCUUGCUAUUGGGGCAAUUUCAUUAACAAAUACAAUGGGGACAGUUAUUAGUGGUUGCAUUCCUCAAGAUGUCAGACUUGUACUAGUUGAUCGAUUGUAUGUUCUUUCAGGAUUAAGGAAUGGAAUGCUGCUGCGGUUUGAGUGGCCUGCUGCCUCUAAAAUGUCUUCAUUAGAAUCUUUCAGUCACAGGCCUUCCUAUGAUUAUUCCUGCCUGGUAAAUGUGGACAGUGCUAAGAAGCCUAAUAUGACAGGUCUGAAUUCUAUUGGCUCACACACGCCCACUGUUAAUUCAUCUGAGGCAAAGGACAACAUUCCCAUUUUUCUCCAAGUAGUUGCCAUCCGCCGAAUUGGCAUUUCGCCUGUUUUCCUGGUUCCUCUGAGCUAUUCACUUGAUGCAGAUAUAAUUGCUCUCAGUGAUAGGCCUUGGUUAUUGCAAACUGCAAGGCACAGUCUUGCAUAUACUUCUAUCUCAUUUCAACCUGCUACUCAUGCAACUCCUGUAUGCUCUGAUGAAUGCCCCAUGGGAAUUAUAUUCGUUGCAGAAAACAGUCUACAUUUGGUAGAGAUGGUUCACUAUAAGAGGCUUAAUGUGCAGAAGUUUUGCAUUAGUGGCACUCCGAGGAAGGUUCUAUAUCAUAAUGAAAGCAGGUUAUUGCUUGUCAUGAGAACUGAUUUGAGUAAUGAUUCAUAUUCAUCUGAUAUUUGUUGCAUAGAUCCUCUCAGUGGCUCAGAGAUUUCAACUUUUAAAUUUGGACAUGGGGAAACAGGAAAAUCCAUGGAGUUAGUGAGGGUUGGAAAUGAACAGGUUCUUGUGGUUGGAACCAGUCUAACUUCUGGUCCAGCUAUAAUGCCUAGUGGUGAAGCUGAAAGUACCAAGGGGCGCCUAAUUGUUCUCUGCCUUGAUCAUGUACAAAAUUCAGACAGCGGUUCUAUGACAUUUUGUUCGAAGGCAGGCUCGUCUUCUCAACGAACUUCACCAUUUCGUGAAAUUGUUGGGUAUGCUGCUGAACAGCUGUCAAGCAGUAGUCUCUGCAGCAGCCCAGAUGAUACUAGCUGUGAUGGAAUUAAUCUUGAUGAGUCAUGGGAAUUACGAUUGGCUUAUGCAACUGCAUGGCCUGGAAUGGUACUUGCUGUCUGUCCUUAUCUUGACCGUUAUUUCCUGGCAUCUGCUGGUAAUGCUUUCUAUGUAUGUGGUUUUCCGAAUGAUAGUCCCCAAAAAGUGAGAAGGUAUGCUGUAGGAAGAACGCGCUUCAUGAUAAUGUCUUUGACUGCACAAUUUACUAGAAUUGCUGUUGGUGAUUGCCGUGAUGGCAUCCUUUUCUACUCCUAUCGUGAGGAUACCAAAAGGCUGGAACAACUUUAUGGUGACCCUGGACAGAGGUUAGUUGCUGAUUGUAUUCUCAUGGAUGUUGAUACUGCUGUUGUUUCAGAUCGUAAGGGGAGCAUUGCUAUUCUCUCAUGUUCCAACCAUUUGGAAGAUAAUGCAAGUCCGGAAUCAAACUUGACACUGAGCUGUGCGUACUAUAUGGGUGAGAUAGCCAUGAGAAUUAGGAAGGGGCCCUUUUCGUUUAAACUUCCAGCUGACGACCUACUGAAGGGUUAUGAGGGUCCUAACAUAGUGAGUGAGUCCUUGCACAAUAGUAUCAUAGCCACUACGUUGCUGGGAAGCAUAAUAAUCUUCAUUCCAUUAUCGAGGGAAGAGUACGAGUUGUUAGAAGCUGUACAGGCUAGACUUCUUGUCCACCCACUGACUUCUCCUAUUUUAGGGAACGAUCAUAAUGAAUUUCGAAGCAGGGAAAACCAGGCUCCAGAACAUAAGAUACUUGACGGUGACAUGCUGGUACAGUUUUUGGAGCUGACAAAUGUGCAACAGGAGGCUAUAUUAGGACUACCUCUUGGUUCGGCAGAUCCAUUAACCUCAACCUCAAAACUACCAUUUCCAUCCCCUAUCCCAGUUAGUCAAGUCGUGCAACUCUUGGAACGAGUUCAUUAUGCCUUGAAUUGAACCCCAUCUAUUCCACAUUUCUGUAUGGAUAUGUGAAGCAUUUGCCAGAGAAUGGUAUCUUCUCAUCCACUUUCUUCGAGGAAGCGAGAUGACAAAAUAUGAUACCAGAACCAUUUUUACCUGUAUCUUACGUGGAGAAGCACACACCAAAAUCACAUGGCAAAUAUUUCAGAUCAUGCCCAGGAUCAAAUUCUCUCUGCUUUCUACCACGGGGCAAGUGCUGCACCAGCAAAUAUCCAACUUGCAAAGUUGCGGCCUGCCUUCAUUUAUCAAUUCUUGCCUUGUAUGAUGUAGCCUCAUGUAUAUUGAGGGUUAGGCAGAGAUUGUAAGUUGUUGAGAGAACUGAUUUUGUAUUUUAGCGCAGUAUGAUGGGUUUCUGCUGCCAGUUAAUCAUAGUUUCUUGUAAUUGUUUUUGAGUGAGAAAUGUUAUUGAGAAAAGAAAAAAAGAAAAAAAGUAGUAUAUUGUAUUUUUUUCCCUACAAAACAAUAAAUAGUGAGAAUUAAUUGGAGCUUCCUGCAUUUAGAUGUAUCCAAA